AGAAGAGGAUGGCUGCCUCAAAGCUCCCAAAUAAAAGAUUUACUUUAAUUGAAGUCCUUGGCAUGUUGGGUGUAGGUGACGGCCCAGACAAGGCAUGCAACAUUGCAAUCAUACCUCAAAAUGAGAAAGAUGCCAUUAUAAGUGAUUGUGAUAGUGAUGGGUCAGAUAUGGCCUAUGAGGGGGAGAUGGGCCAUUUGCCAGCCAGGAUUUUAAAUGCACAUGCGGAACUGUUGGAGACAGAUGAUGACCGGAACAAAACUGAGUAUGGAGUUGUCACUAUGGCAACAAACGGACAACAAAUGGAGAAGAGCUACGCUGAGUCCGUUGUCAAACGAUGGAACAAAGAGCGACAUGCUUUUGACCAAGUCCGACAACCACAAUGCAUCAAGCAAUAUAAUGAGCAUAUGGGAGGUGUUGAUCUUCAUGACCAACAGGCCUCAAGAUACAGCAUCACAAUCAGGUCCAAGAAAUGGUUGUGGCCCAUCUUUGCAUGGUCUCUCAACAGUGCACUCGUGAAUAGCUAUUACUUUUACAGAGAUGUUAUGGGAGGGACCAUUCACCUGCUCACCUUCACACGGGUAGUGGCACAAUCUCUUAUACAAAGGUUUGGCACAAAGCCACUGAGCCAUGGAAGGAGAUCUCUACUGGCCACUACUGUUCGAGAUCAAGCAAGAUAUGACCAAGUCUCUCACUGGCCAGUCAACACAGGGAAUCGGUUCUUGAGAUGUCGUCUUUGAGAUAAACGCACCACCUAUGCAUGUGAGAAAUGCAACACUCCACUGCAUAUUGAGUGCUUCAAGAGAUACCAUAGAAAGUAGAAAAGAAGAUAAAAGUGAAUAUAAAGGGCUGAAAGGGCCAACAAAUAAAGACUAUAGGAGUACAAGAGACAAAAUGUUUUUUUGAGAAAGGUCAGUUGAGUCAAAAGAUGCUGUAUGACAGUGGGACGUCAGGCCUCUAUCCUAAAUGUUAACUUUAUGUUCUCUGUUACUGUAAUAAGAAAUAGUUUUAUAGUUCAAAAUAGUUUUACAGAAACAGAAUCAAGCACUUUGUUCUGGUGCCUACCUCUUUACCGUAUACCUGCCUCUAAUCUAAAUACAUUUAAUUUUUGUUACAUGAGGCCUCUUCUUGAUGGUAUACUCGAGGGUACAUCGUUCC